AUGCCUUUGCCCGGAAGCAUCAAGCGCUUCACCGACCGAAUCGAACGACGGUUGCGACGCACGCUCGGUCAGAGUGACGGGGCUAGGGUUCAAUCAUCGGCAUCGCUUCCACUUAUCCAGGUCCCGCCACAAGGCGGACACGGAGCUUCUGCUCGUUGGACAUUUCUCGAAGAUUUGAGGGGCGUCUUGUCCCCAGUGAGCGAUGCAUUCGGCCCCCUGAAGGUUAUACUCAACGAACUGGUCGAUUGCGUAUACAUAUAUGAGGCGUCUGCCAGUAACCGGCAAGAAUACGAAGCGCUACGGUCGAAUCUUACAACCACUCUCGAAGGGCUUAAAAGUCACUUUACUGGAUCAGAUGCUCCGAAAAUGUCAAAUGCUAUUACUAGUUUAUGCGAAUCAAUUCAAAAGGAACUGGAGACGAUUCAAGCACUCCAGGCCGAAGGGACAAUGAGACAGUACAUACGAUCAAAUAGCGGGUCAGACAGGGUCUACGAGUGUUAUACUCGAAUCAACGGGUACCUGUCACAAAUCUCGUUGGACAUGAGCCGAUCUGUCCAUCGUACAGUGGAGCAGCAUUCGAAAGACCUAAAGGAGCAAGAAAGCAAAGCGAAGGAUCACAUGAAGAAGAUCACGGAGCAGUCCAGAAAAACUGAAGAACUGGCGAAACAAAUUAAAUCGGGCCAUGCUCGUUCGUACCUGGAUCGCCUCUCCCCAUCUUUCUCAGCAAAGUACUGCUCUGCACAGGCAACCGAGCUCAAACGCGGCGAGUGCACGCCGGGCACAAGGCACUCGCAUGUCUUCGGUGAAGCCCUAAUCAAAGCGUUGGAGCGGGACCCAGAUAUACAGAAACAACUCCCAUCUAUGCAAUUUGCCUCACUUAUCUCCGAGCCAUUGACCCAAAUUCGGGCGUCCCUCCCCGGCAUCUUUGUCGUUGUUAUUGAUGCACUGGAUGAAUGCGAAAGUCAAGAGAGCACCAGAGUGGUUCUCAAUACAAUACUUAAAGCUGGCGACAAACUGAAGCUGCCGAUUCGGUUCUUUGUGUCAAGCCGACCGGAGCCGGAGAUUCGCCAAGAGAUGGAGCGAAGGAUGGCUACCACCGGAUAUUCUCAGCUUGUUUUACAUCAACUCGACACAACACGGUUCAAACCGACAUUGAGAACAAAGCUUGUGGCCGAUGCCGGGGUACUGUUCAUCUAUGCUUCCACAGCCGUGCGGUAUAUCAGCGACAGCGGAUUCAGCCGUAAUCCGUACGAUCGUCUAAGGAGCGUGUUGGAGGCAUCUGGUUCAGGGGCAGCGAGAAGGGACAAAGCCAUGAAUGAGCUGUACGCGAUCGUUCUCAAGUCCGCGUUCGAAGACGACGAAAUAGACGAGCCCGAACGCGAGGAUAUACUGCAGGUACUACAUACAGUUAUUGCUGCCCAGGAGCCGCUGGCCGUUGCUUCGAUUGCUGCUCUGUUACAGAUCGGAAGCGAAGAUCGAGUGCGGGCAGCGAUUCGCCCAUUGUGGUCGGUGCUACAUAUCACAGGGUCAAACGAACUCGUGGCGACGUUGCAUGCUUCGUUCCCGGAUUAUAUGCUCUCCAAAGAGCGCUCAGGAGACUACUGCUGCGACCGCAAGCUCUACGAUAGCGUCAUGGCUCGCUUGUGCCUUGAGUGCAUCGCUGCCACGAGGCCACGUUUCAACAUAUGUGGACUCGACUCAUCUGCUGUGCUCGACAAAGACGUGCCAAACCUCCAUCAGAAGAUACAGAACGCGGUGCCAGCUCACCUGCUCUAUGCAUGCCGCUACUUUGCUGCUCAUCUCCAGGCUGCCACAGAACCCCAUGAGCUAUCGACGCUGGUGCAAGAGUUCAUGUUGACCCAACUACUGCCAUGGCUGGAAAUCAUGAACCUGACAGGAAACAUACAGACGGCGGAGAAGGCGAUGCGGAGAGUGGAUAGCUGGGCCAUGGCCCAUACAGAUACACCUGAGCUGCAAGAGCUGGCGCACGACGCAUGGUGCUUCACAACAAGCUUUGGAUCGAACGUAGCGUACAAGGGCUUAUAUCGCGGGCUGCCUGAAGUGGGUGGAACAGCAAUGGACAUGCGACAGUUUGCAGUGUUGGCUACGUGGUCGUUCUCCAGGCAGUCAGUGCGGUGUUGUCGCGUGACGGGAGUCGGUCGUCUUGGGAUUGGAGUCGGAGGUGAUAGUGUAACAUCCGUGGACUUCUCGCCCGACGGCACUCGUAUUGUCUCGGGCUCGGAUGACGGGUCCAUCCGGGUGUGGGAUGUCGAAACCGGACAGUUGUACUCACCUGAUGAGACUUGCAUUGCCUCUUGCUCAUACGAUCGAACAAUCCGUAUCUAUGAUGCCACAACGGGCGAGACGAGACUCGUGAUCGAACCGCCAGAAGAGCACAGAAGUCCGAUCUACUCAAUUCGAUACUCGCCUGAUGGCGCUCACAUUGUCGCUGGCCUGCACGACGGGCAACUGUAUGUAUGGCAGGCGUCUACCGGUGCAUUGGUACUUGGUCCUCUUCAAGCCCAUACGCACGCAGGCCUCUCAGUUGACUACUCACCAGACGGCACUCAUAUCAUAUCUGGCUCUGACGACAAGACCAUACGCAUCUGGAAUGCAGUCAACGGACACGCGGUGCCAGGGCCGCUCAUGGAGCAAAACACGGCUAUACGAUCAGUAAGGUACUCGCCAGACGGCAGGCAUAUCGUGUCCGGCUCGGAUGAAGGUACCAUAUGUGUGUGGGACCCGCAGACUGGCACGGUUGUACUUGGCCCUCUCAAGGCGCAUAACAGUUCGAUCACGUCGAUUUGCUACUCACCGGAUGGCACCAGGAUUUUGUCCUGUGCCUACGAAUCCACCGUGUACUCAUGGGAUACUCGUCGCCGCCAAAAGGCUCUCUCAGUGGCUGAAGGAUGUGGAAGCAUGUUAUCUGGCUUGCGUACUCGCCCGAUAGCUCAUGCAUCGUAUCUGCUUCCGGCAAUCAUAUCCACAUGUGGGAUGCACGCACAGGCAGUCUCAUCCGCGGGCCAAUUGAAGUCCAUACCAGCUCGGUGUUGUCGGUGGAUUACUCGCCUGCAGGUGACCAGUUUGCCUCUGGCUCGUGGACAAGACCAUAUGCACGUGGGAUGCUCAGACUGGACACAUGCUGCUCGGCCCACUCACAGGUCACACCGACUCGAUCAGCACAAUACGGGUAUGGAGCACUCGAACUGGCGAGCUGAUGCUGGGGCCACUCGAACACCACACAUCCUAUGUUAUGAUGGACACACGGAUAUUGUUCGCUCGAUCGACUUCUCACCCGAUGGCACUCGCAUCGUAUCCUGCUCCAGAGAUCGUACCAUACGAAUGUGGGACAUACAGACAGGACGGACAGUACUGGGGCCACUGGAAGACCGUUGCGGAGAAUAUGCACAGGUGCGAUACUCGCCGAGGGGCGACUACAUAUGCAGCACUGAGGACAAUGUGAUCUGGGUACUGAACGCCAACACCGGAGACAUCCUCAGUGGCCCACAUAUGGGACAUACAGACCACGUUUCGAGCAUUGCUAUCUCACGCGAUGGCGCACGUAUUGUCUCUGGGUCGCGUGACAGAGCUAUUCGGGUAUGGGAUGUGGAUGCAAAGCCCAGCUCCAGCUCCAACUCCACCACUUCUGGUCGCGGUGCCUGGAAGCUCAACAAUGAUGGGUGGGCAGUUGACGUGUCAGACUCGUCACGGCUGCUGGUUUGGGUUCCCCACGACUUGCGUGCAGCGCUUAUGUUUCCUCAAACCCCUUUUUUGAUAUCCGAGAAGGGGUAUCUGACUCUAGAUUUUGGAAAAGCAUGUAUAGGAGAGUCUUGGACUGAAUGCUGUAUGUCUAAGCUCUGA